AUGAUUCCGAGUCAGCAAGCCCUCAUGCUCAACUCAGCACUGGCUUUUGAACGGCUCAUCAAAUCACCGCACGGUCAGAUUCGUGGCAGUUCGGAAGAACCGAAUAAGGGUAUCACAUGGGAUCGGUUGGAAGAAGUGGAAACCUACAUCUCGCAGCUUCAAGCUGCAUCACGUCAGUUGAUGUCAGAGAAUCGCAAAUUGCGCAAGGUUCAUUUUGCAAUUGUAGAAAAGAUUGUACGAUUACUGGAUGUCGACUUGUUACGAAAUCAGCCUCGAUGGCGCAGUGAGUUGGCUGAGAUACGCUAUAUGCUUGCGGAAGUAGCAAACCAGGGUGGCUAUCCGCCCGAUCAUAUGGCUCCAUGGAAAGCUCACUUGGAUCGUCAGCUGUACAAGGUGCUCGAAUGCCAAUAUCGAAGUGGAUUGGAAGCUUUGAGUGAACGAAUGCCCGAACUUCGAGUGGAUAUGGUCUAUCAACAAUCCCGUCUGUGUUUUCGACCACCUUUUGAGGAGGUAGUUGUGUUGUUCACUGGUGCGUUGAUUAUCGAUCCGCUUUUCGGGAUCGGCCCUCAUCCUUAUGCAUCCAAUCAGACAAGUGGAACGUGGACGGGACAGCACCUUAUUGGCUGGGAGCUGCCCAGCUUGGGCGGACGGUGGCUGUUCAAUGAAGUGCGAAGAAUUCUCCCACCGUUGAGAGCAAACCUCAGUCGGGAUUAUGAACAUUUUGAAAUGUCCCCACCCUCAUUUUCUACAUCCGAGGAAGUGGCAAAAGAUCUGGAUGAGCAUGAAAUUAUGUGGUCGCAGUAUGAGAAUUUUUCGAACGAACUGGAUCAACUAGCUCAAGAGGACUGGAUAUCAUUCAGGUCGAAAUGCUAUCUAUUUGAUGAGUUCUUGACCACAUGGUUCAAUAAACUCCGUUCAUCGGAGGCCAAUCCGAUGACGGUACGCCUGCAAAGGGAGAUCGAUCGUUACUGGGAAGUCGUGCCCGCUCUGAAAUGGGUUCGUGGGGAUGUACUCUCACCGGACCAUUGGCUCGAACUAUUUCGCCUGAUUGGUUUACCACGGGGAACUAAACUGGAACAAUUGACUUUUGGUGAUCUACUACGAGCAUCCCGUUUGAUUGUGGAACAUGCAGAGGCUUUGAAAAGUCUCACGCAUCGAGCUCAAGCGGAGGUUGUCGUGCGCGAGGCACUGCAAGAAUUGGACGUUUGGGGUGCCGGGGCUACUUUCACCCUGACCGACUAUACGGACAGUGCUGGUCAUACAGUUUGCCUAGUCAAGGAUUGGAAAGAUAUUGUGAGCCAGGACCAAUUAGCUCGCUGUCAGCGUGCCCUAAACGAAUAUCUGGAGGAUAAACGCAGCAUAUUUCCUCGCUUCUACUUUCUGGGUGAUGACGAUCUGUUGGAAAUUUUGGGACAAUCCACCAAUCCGGUUGUGAUCCAGACACAUUUGCGCAAAUUAUUCCAAGGUAUCCACCACGUACAAUUUGAUGGCUUAAAUGAUCUGGUUACUGGCAAAAGUUCGGUCGCCACACUUACCGCAAUGUGUUCAAUGGACGGUGAGGUUGUGCCACUGCAGCGUCCGAUUCAAUUAACCAAUGAGGUUGAGGUAUGGCUUGGUCGCCUGGCCACUGAAAUGCAAUCUACCCUGAGUGAUAUUUUAGCUCAGUGUUUGGGAGAGGGAUCCGCAGAAAACAAGCGACGUUCUAGACUCGAUCCAAACGCGUAUCCCGGUCAGGUACUCACACUGAGUGAGGCUAUACACUUUGCCCGGAAUGCUGAGGAAGCCUUAAAUUGCGGGCGUCUCUCAAGUUUAAAGAAAGACUUGCAGGCCCAGUUGACAGCAUACACCUCGGUGGACUUGAACUUCCUUCGCACAGCGGGAAUGGAAGAGUCCGCUGUCGAUCCAAUUCAAUCAAACCAAACCCGAACACACCCAUCGAUCUCACGUGUACUGGUGGCCAAACUGAACGCGCUCGUCUUGGAUACCGUGCAUGCAAUCGACAUAGUUGAUCAACUGAUUCAAGCGGGUGCGGCCACUUCGCGGGAUUGGGCUUGGCAACGUCAACUUCGAUUUUACAUGAACGCGACCAGUAGAUCUGAUACUACCUCGGGGCCUCGACAGUCAGUACCCCGUGUAUGUAUGGUGGAUGCACAGUUCAACUUUACCUUCGAAUAUCAAGGCAAUGCACCUCGACUGGUUCACACACCGCUUACAGACAAAUGCUAUCUAACAUUGACGCAAGCUCUGCGAAUGGGUUUGGGCGGAAAUCCAUACGGUCCAGCGGGUACCGGAAAGACAGAGUCAGUCAAAGCCCUGGGUGGACUGAUGGGGAGACAGGUAGGAUUGUCUUUGGCACUGCUGUUUCUUUUCUAUUCCUCAUACCACAAAUCUGUGGUAAAGUGCUUGUCGUUCACACAUGAAAAUAUUCUCUGUAUCGGACAAUAA